UUCGUGCGUGCUGUCGUUCUUUGUCGUCUGGUGAAAAUAAAAAUCAAUUUUAUAGGGUUAAAAUAGUGAUAUUUUAGUGAAAAACAUCAUAAAUCGAUAGUUUAACACCCAUUGUUUGAAUCAACAAUAAAAUCGAUUGCAUCAACAUGAGCAAACGGCGAAGGGCUAGUUCGCUCCAGGAUGACGACAGUGACGAGGAUAGCUUGCCCGAGCAAUCGACCACUCCGGCCGGAGGUCGGAAGAAGAAAAAGCUGGAUCCGGCUGAGCAAUGCCAGCACCUGUACGAAGCGCUAAGGACGUUCAAGAAGGAAGACGGGACGACACUUUGCGAUACCUUUAUUCGGGCCCCGAAACGGCGACAGGAACCAUCGUAUUAUGAGGUGGUGGCUAAUCCGAUUGAUUUGCUUAAGGUGCAGCAGAAGUUGAAAACUGAAGCCUAUGAGGAUAUGGACGAUAUGGCAGAGGAUGUUGAGUUAAUAGUUAAGAAUGCUAAGGCGUUCUAUAAACCGGAUACGGAUGAGUACCGGGAUGCGUGUCAACUUUGGGAUGUUUUCAAUACGAAUAAGACCAAGCUGGCUGAAGGCGCGGAAUUGGAAGGUGGAGAAUCUAAGGGCAGGAAGAUUCAAAGAGGUCGCAAGUCGGUCGCCAACGAUGAUGACAAUGAUAGCGAUGAUUUCGAUCCUUAUGAGGAGCUUUUCAAUGCUCUUAUGACGGCCACGGAUGAAAAUAGGGAACUUCAUCGGAUGUUCCAGUUGCUUCCUUCGAAGAAGCUGUAUCCGGAUUAUUACGAUGUAAUUGACCAUCCCAUUGAUUUGAAAUGCAUUGCAAUAAAGAUUCAAACCAAUGCCUAUUCCAACUUGAGCGAGAUGGAGAAAGAUUUGCUUCAAAUGAUCAAGAAUGCUUGCACUUUCAACGAACCUGGUUCGCAGAUUUACAAGGAUGCGAAAACGUUGAAGCGAAUUUUUCUUAACCGGAAAUCGGACAUCGAAGCCGGUCGUUUACGGAAGAGUUCGAAUCGUAAGGCUAGAACCGGUACUACUAGUCUUAGCGCAAUGGUGGCUGCUUUGAGAGAAGAUGCAGAAAGUUCCGAUGAAGAGCUAGACGAUUCAAUGGACACAGACGGGGAAGGCUCACUUUGGCAACUAUUCGAUCAACUCUACAAUGCAGCUAACACAAACGAUCCCAAUGCUGUAGGCGCUCCUCUGGGAGAAUCGCUCUGGAAAUUGCCGGCUCGGCGCUUCCAUCCGGAGUAUUAUUCUCAGAUCAAGAAACCGAUCGCAAUGGGCCAAAUUCGGAACAAACUGAAGAAGGGUCUGUACUCGAAUCUGACCGAUAUGAUUGCCGAUUUGUACGUGAUGCUGGACAAUGCUAAAAAAGCUAACCCUCCAAGCAGUAAGGUUCACAAGGACGCAGUUAAAAUGCAAAAACUGUUGAAUCAAAAAAUGAUCGAUGCCGAUGAUCUGGACGACACCGAAGAAGAGGACGACGAUGACGAAGUCCUUGUACCGACUCCGGCCAAAUCCCAACAGCCAAAGAAGGCCCGACCACGUCCAUCGGUUGCUUCGGCUCAAUCAUCUCCGCAAUCGAGCAACGCAAGCACCCCGGUCGCAACUAAAUCCGGAGGCUCCCGCCCCAAUCAACAUACGGUUCUCAAGAAGAAGCUUCUAUCCUUGCAUGAGUAUUUGGUCGGAUACAACGUCGAUGGAAGGACCCCGAUGGUUUUGUUUAUGGAGAAACCGUCUAAAAAGUUGUACCCGGAUUACUAUCAGGUCAUUCAGCAUCCGAUCGAUAUGACCACCAUUGAGAGUAACAUUAAAACCGAUCGCUAUGCAACGCUUGACGAUGCUGUCGGAGACUAUCGGUUGAUGUUUUCGAACUGCCGAAAGUACAACGAAGAAGGUUCGUUGAUCUUUGAGGAUUCCAAAACCUUGGAAAAGGCUAUGAACGAUAAACUGAAGGAGUUUUCCGGACUCAGUCGCAAGAGCAGUACCCCGCGAGCGCCCUCAAAAGCGAAGGCCAAACAGCAAACACUUGAAUCCAAGCUAAAGCACCUGUACGAAACGGUGCGGGAGUACCGGGAACCGAAAGCCAACCGGCAGUUGUCGUUCAUCUUCAUGAAGUUGCCCUCGAAAAAUGAAUAUCCGGAUUACUAUGACAUCAUCAAGAACCCUAUCGAUUUCGAAAAGAUCGACCAUAGAAUGCGGAAGCGUGACUAUGACAGCGUGGACGAGAUGGCCGCCGAUUUGUUGCUGAUGUUUGAAAAUGCCUGCAAAUAUAACGAACCGGAUUCGCAGAUCUACAAGGACGCCCUCUGCCUGCAGCAGCUGACCAUCCAGACCAAACAGGCACUACGUAACGAUGGAACGGUUCCGGAUGUGCCGCAAGCCGUUCAGGAGCUGUUGCUUUCGCUUUUUACCUCGUUGUAUAACUACCAGGACGAGGAAGGCCGUUGCUAUUCGGAUUCUCUGUCGGAAUUGCCGGAACACGACGAUGUUGGUGAUGGGACCAAGGUUCGCGGUAUUUCGUUGGACCUAAUCAAACGAAGGCUGGACAAGGGUCUGUACAAGCGGCUGGAUGUGUUCCAGGAGGACAUUUUCGCAUGUUUUGAAAGGGCUAGGAAGCUGAGCCGAACGGAUUCCCAAGUGUUUGAGGACUCAAUAGAACUGCAAACGUUCUUCAUCAAAAAGCGGGACGAACUUUGUCGCAACGGGAAUGUGUUGGAAUCGCCGGCUCUGAACUAUAAUGUAUUGCAUCUGAAUGCGGCUGUCGAGUCCGUAAGGCAAACCAAGCUGCUAGAGGAGGAAGCGGACACGGAAACGGAUUCGGUGCAACCUCCAUCGCAAGGUGAAAGCAUGACCCUGGACCAGAAGGUGUUUUCGCCGGGUGAAUUCGUGUACAUCGAUAAUCCGGACAACAAAUCCAUCCCGAGCAUCAUGUACAUCGAGCGGCUGUGGACCGAUGGCGAUGGGGUAAAAAUGAUGUCCGGUAUCAUUUUUGUGCGUCCUUACGAAACCUACCAUCUAGCCACCCGGAAGUUCAUCGAAAAGGAGGUGUUCAAGAGUGAACUGCAUAAGGCGGUUCCAUUGUCCGACGUUCGGGGCAAGUGCUUCGUGAUGUAUGUCAAGGAUUACUUCAAGAUGCGACCGGAAGGAUUUGCCGAGAACGACGUGUAUGUGUGUGAAUCUUCCUACGUGACCGCCCGGCGCGUUUUCAAGAAACUGAAGUUCUGGAACAAUACCAAGGGAACCGAACCGACUAAUUUGGUCCCCCGGGAGGUCCCACUUGAGGUCAAGCGAGUGAUGUCGGUGUUUAAGGAACGGGUGGAAAAGCACAAGGAAGAACUGUCGGAGCUGCAGAUGCAGGAAGCGAUGGUCGAGAAGGAGAAACCGAACGUUUCGAUCUAUGUCAAUGGGGCCGAGGAGGGUAGCGUCUACUACGAGCAGUACAACACAGUCUGCGGCGGGCUGGUCAAAACGGGAGACUUUGUGUACGUGGCCACCGAAGCCGGGAAACAAUCCAUUGCUCAGAUUCAGUCGAUUUGGGAGACCAAAGAUGGAAAAUCCUUUUUCCGAGGUCCCUGGUUGUUGACACCGCCGGAAGUUCCAGGCACCAUUAGCCGUCUGUUCUAUCGGCAGGAAGUUCUGCUCUCAAGUGUCCACGAAACAACUCCAACGGUAGCCAUCGUAGGACGUUGCGCCGUUCAGGAAUACCACGAGUACAUAACCAGACGUCCAACGGAAAUCACCGAAUCCGACGUCUAUCUGUGUGAGUCGAUUUUCGACGAGAUGAAGAAACAAAUUCGCAAGGUUGGCACCGGUGGACUGAAAAAGUUCAGCCACUCCCAGAUGGUGACCGUGGACGAAACCUACCACUUCCGGCGACCGAUUAACCCGCCCAAGGUCACCUGUGGCGAGAUCGCUGCGAUUCAGGAAAAUCGACCCUACAUUGCGGCCGAUCUGGAGUGUAAGGACGAGUUCGGCAUCAUCGACGACUCCAUCGACGGGCCACCUUCGAUCGGAUCCGACGUAGUAGCUACGGCUUCACCCGUUCCGCCGAGCGUCGUCGGCACCCCGCAGACGGCCACCAAGAAGGACAAGAAGGGCGGCAAAAAGCUGGUCACCGGUUACAUCCUGUACUCGUGCGAGCACCGCAAGAGUAUCUCGGCCAACAAUCCGGAAUCAACGUUUGGGGAAAUUUCCCGGCUGGUGGGCAACGAGUGGCGCAACCUUCCUGACUCGGAGAAAGCUUCCUGGGAACAGCGAGCAACAAAGAUCAACGAAGAGAAUACGGCCAAGCUGGAAGCGGCCGGGGAAAUUUGCCCGAGCCCACUGGGGAAGGAUGGACCGUUUGUGCAGGAGAUCUUAAACAAUUAUGUCUACGAAUGUUGUUGGGAGAAAUGUGACUUCCAGUUUGAAGAUCCUUUCGAUUGUAUGGAGCACACCAUUACGGAUGUUACCGGGUGUGUGUACAAAUAUUUUAUCAAAAACGAAGAUCAAGAAUUCUUCUGCAUAUGGCGUGGUUGUGCUCGGGUCCGGCGAAAUAUGCCUCCUUUCCCAACCAUGCCCCGGCUUAUCAAACACAUCCGGGAGGUUCAUUUGACCAAAGCUAUUCCAAAAUUGGUGGUAUCUGCCGAUCGCAGCAAAAACUGUGUUACAGCUAAACGGCAAUCGGUUACCCAGCCGCAUCCUUCGACCGCUGCUGGCAAGGCUCAGAACGUGGUACCGGUUGGAAAGUCCAGUCCCGGAGUGAGUCAAAUGAGCAGUGCCAGUGGAUCGAGCACCCCAUUGCCGCCGAAUCAACAACCGAUGCAGGGGCAGCAGCAACAGCAGAUUCCUGGCGGAGGACAGCCGGCCGCCACUAGCGCUAACAAUCAGUCAAGUAAUUACAUACCAGCGUCGUAUUAUAAUUUCAUUCCAGCUCCCCCCGCGGAACCACUUUUCGUAACGGUUCCACCGCGUCCGCAACGGGUCCUACACUCGGAGGCCUACAUCCGGUACAUCGAGGGACUGCAGCAAGGAUCUCAGUACAUUUCCCCAUGGCAGAAGACCCUGACGGCCAACAGGGAAACGGUUCCCAACCAGGACCCCAGUCGGCUGCCUGUUCACUGGCUAGGCAAGAAGGGCCAGGAAAAACCGGAAGCCGUUGUCGAUGCCCUGUGGCAGAUGCGCGGUUUCCUCAUGAAAGAGGUGAUCCAAUUUGAUCGUUUUUGAAUCUCUGAAAAAGGAUUUUUCUUUGGUAAAUGGUAAUGAGUAAGUAUUUGAGACAAUUUUGACUGUCUUCUUUCUGGAAGAUUAAAAAACGAUCUUUAGAGUUGAACGUACACAUGUAUAUCUCCAAGAAACGAGAUACUUAUUUGAUUUUUAUUGUAAUAAUCUACGAUGUCUAUUAUACAAAUACAAACAUAUAUGAAUUUU